ACCCCCCCGGGAUGGACUUGCCACGGGACGCACCCCAAGAUCCUACCCCUCUGGACCAAGAUCUACAGCCGCAGGUCUCACCAGGAGCGGCCCGCCGUCGUGGGUGGAGUAGAACCUUCAGUGAAAACUCUGUUUCUAUGGUUCACGCUCCCUUCCUCAGCAACCUGUUUGGAGAGGAGAGAGACUUGGCACCAGCAGAGCUGGAAGAGCUGAAUGAGGCCUUCAGGGAGUUUGACUAUGACCAGGAUGGGUACCUGCACUACAAGGACCUGGCCGAGUGUAUGAGGACCAUGGACUACAUGCCUACUGAGAUGGAGCUGAUUGAGAUCAUCCAGCACAUCAAGAUGAGAUCGGGCGGCCGGAUCGACUUUGAGGAUUUCUGUGACCUGAUGGGGCCCCGCAUGCUGGCUGAGACGGCCCACAUGCUCGGAGUCAGGGAGAUGAAGUGUGCUUUCAAACAGUUUGACUGUGAUGGGGACGGACAGAUCACCUUUGAGGAUCUGAGGGAGGCGGUGAGGUCGCUCCUGGGGGAGAGGCUGAAGCAGGGGGAGGUGGAGGAUCUCCUCCGGGACAUCGACCUCAACGGGGACGGCUCCGUUGACUUUGACGAAUUCGUCAUGAUGCUGUCCAUCCCAUAACCGCAGUCGUCAUGGACGCUGGAUAUCAUGGCUAAGCAAGAGAGCGUGCGUGUGUGUGCAUGUGUGUGUGUGCCUGCAUGUGACAAUAAUUUUGUCAUUGACACCGGAUUAAGAAGCUUAUUAUUUUACAUGUUAUACAGGUCUUUUAAUAUAUGUUAUUAUUAGCUACAUGCAUAAAAGCUAUUUUGAAUAUUGUAUACAGAGGUAGCUUUAAAUACAUCAAAAUCAAUCAUUUUGAUCUGAUAUUAGCUGAAUGCAAUGUAAAAUUUAAAAAAUCAUUGAAAAACAAAACAAGAAUAUAACAAAUCAGAGUUCUGUCGCACAUUAAAAUAGGAAAACAAAAAGACACAGUGGUCAUGGACAGUUCUUGCCACCUAGUGGACAUGUACAGUACUGGAGCAAGGCAGCCUCGUAAAAAGAAACAACUUUGAUAAUAUAGUGUAGUCUUUAGACUUAUUUAUUUAUUUCCAGACUUUUGGAUAAAAUGUCUUCCAUUUUGAACAUUUCACGUCAUCAGAUUCAUUCAUUCAUUUGUCUGGCUCUCUUCCAUGUGCACACAUUGUGAUAUGCUGUCUGCCAUUUAUAUUUUUGGCUCUACAAGCCCCAUGUUGUUUUGGUGACCUCUGAUGCUCUGCUAUUUCGAUAAACUCAAAAUGUCAGUGUGAAAGACAGGGCCAGUAGUUGCCUUGUCGUAGGAAGCUCGAGUUUGGCAGUUCAGGGUUGAGGAAAAAAAACUAUGUUAUAAAUCUAUCCCGGCACCAACAAUAUAAAUUCUGCAAAGAAAAAAACAAACAAACAUGGAUCAUAUCAUGUGGUUUCAAAGGUUAUGGGCAGGGGCAA